AUGCUCCACAACAACAUCAACACCGGUUCAGGUGUUAUUCUUUCUUCAAGAAAGAUCAUAAGGUCUCGCCAAUUCUUAGAAAAGAAGAAGCCGGCCCCCGAUUCUACAGGUGACGGAAGGAAGAAGUCUGCCGCUAAGAAACCGGCUCCGGUAAAGGGCAGGUCCGGAUGCAAGAAGGAAAAACAACCGAUGGAAUCCGCGGAACCGCCCUCUGAAACGCGAGAUGAGGACGAUUCAGCCUCCAGCUCAGACAAAACUGCCUCACAUUAUACCGAUGAUAAUAUGUCCGGCAAAGAAAAGGAACCGACUGAAGAAGAAGAACAAUCGGCAAGUCUUGAAAAUGCCGAUACCGGUGCAGACGGCCCUGAGGAAGAAGACGUUCCCGUUAACACCGACCAGAUGGUGGCCAAGAAUAUUGUGCGCAGAAUCAUGGAGGAAAUUGAUCUGCAAGCUCACAAGGCAGCCGAAGUAUACAGUGAGUGGUUCGGAUACCGGUGCGACAAAUUCUUCAAACAUAUGCUACCGGGCCUAACCGAUGGACAAAGUUUCAGAAGGUUGAAGGAGAUAGAGGAGGACGUCAUCAACCUAACAAAAGCCAAGGAUCCCAACGAAGCCAUGGAUCGACACGCAAUGGUGGAACCGCAUGCUCGGCUACAAAAGCUAGCCGGACAUAUUCGGAAACUUACGGAAAGGUAUGUUGCGGGAACACCGAAGUCUAAAAUGAAACUCCUGGUGCUGGAUUUAUUUGCGGUCAAGAAAGGGGAGUUCAUCGACGAAGUCGCGCGGCUUGAAGCGGUGCGCGAACAACAAAAUACAACGCACUCUCCGCGUCUUGAGACCGAUGACGAUCAGAAUCCAGGCGAUCAGUCUCCUCUAGCGGAUCAGGCUAUCAACGAAACCGACGAUAGGACAGGGCCUCAUCUCACCGACAAUCUUGAAUCAGAUCAAGUCCGGGAUUCAGAACCGGCCGUCACAAAAGAAAAAGUCGAAGUCUCUCAUUCAAGAGCAAACGAGCGGAUCACAGAGAUCGAAGUCAACUACCGUGACGACAAUGUUCUGUACGACGCUCAUCUUAGGCGAACCGUAGACUUGGAAGAUACGACCUCAAAGCUGGUGGACGACUUGGAACGGUUUCAAGGGAAAACCGAGCAACGGCUUACAAAGGUCGAUGAGGACAUGGGGCGGUCAAGCACCGAAGCCGGUUCGACACUCGACAGGGUCAUAACCGUUGAAGAGAAGAAUGCACUCCUUGAGGAACGAAACAACAAACUUGAAGCCGACCUCAAGGCGGUCACCGAGCAGGUGAAUGAACUGAUAAAUGCAAAGAUUGCUGCUGAUAAAGCGGUUGAGGGGGCAAACGCUCAAGCAGCUAAAGAACUUCAGGAUGCGCUGGAUGAGGAGAACCGGAAAAAGAAGGAGGCACCGCGAUCUGAUGCGAACUUCAACGAACGAUUACGGAUAUCAAUGGCCAAAAAUCUGGAACUCGCAAAGACCAUAGCAGCUCAAGAGGUCAAGGAUGCAGAGCGGUUAAACGCUGAAAAACAAAGGCUCGAAGAAUAUGCCAAGGCUCACAAGAAGUCCAAGGCGGCUCCCUCCUUUUCGGUUCCGGCAACACGAAAAAGGAAAGUUUCUGCAAGGAAGGCUCAAGUCGCCGAGAUGCUGGGCAGAAUCACCGAAACAGUUGUUGAAGAGGAUGACUUCGAGGAGGAUCUCGAGCCGCAACCUACAAGACAGCAAGUUUUCAAUGCGGUUCCAGUCAGCACGGUCACUCAACCGUUCUCUCCUCACCAGGACACCACGGGAGCAGGAGGUUCUUCUUCAAGGCCGGCUCAACCGGCUAAAGGACUUCCAACAGAUGAACUGAUGAAUGAAUUCCUGCCAUCCAAAUUGAACUAA